UUUCUGACCUCAGUAGAUAAGGAUCAGCGUUCAGGAGAGAAAGAGAUAAUUUAUUUUAAAGUGUGCACUUACUGCUGCUUAUGAGGUGUCUUUUUCAUAGAUUUUGUUUUCAGGCCAAAAGGAGCAUUCAGAUUAAGGAACAUUAGAGACUCCAGGCCUUUAAGUCUUGUGUUCCAUUAUUUUGAUAUUGUGAUUUUUUUUUUUGAUGUGUCAAUAUUCAGCCCUGCCUGCUAAUAGACUUGUCUCAGCCUUUUGGAUAACUCUGCCAGAUGCAACUUUCUUCCCAGACUGAACUGACCUGGAUACACAACAUGCACAACAGCACUGCUGAAACUCCGCAUACGGCUGGAACGGGUAAUGAGACUUUGUCCACACAGUCACCGAGCUCCGAGUUUUCACUGGGCGUGCUGGUGCUGCUGGCUUUCCUCAUGGUGUUGCUAGCUCUGGUCACCAUCCUUGGAAACAUCCUGGUGAUCCUUGCUUUCAUCAUGGACAGAAACCUCAGGCAUCGGAGUAACUAUUUCUUUCUCAAUCUUGCUAUUUCUGACUUUGCAGUGGGUGCGUUCUGCAUGCCUCUCUACAUCCCUUACAGCCUGACAGGGAAAUGGUACUUGGGAAGAGGCGUCUGCAAGCUCUGGCUAGUUAUGGACUAUCUCCUGUGCACAGCUUCAGUAUUUAAUAUUGUUCUUAUCAGCUAUGACCGCUUCCUGUCAGUUACUAAAGCUGUAUCUUACAGAGCCCAGCAGGGACUAACGUCUAACCCUGUUGUCAAGAUGGUGGCCAUCUGGGUCUUUGCCUUCCUCCUCUACUGCCCGGCAAUCCUCUUUUGGGAGCAUGUGGCCGGACACAGUGUGGUAGCGGCGGAUCAGUGCUACGCCGAGUUCUUUGACAACUGGUACUUCCUCCUGUGCGCGUCCACCCUGGAGUUCUUCGUGCCGCUGCUCUCAGUGGCCUACUUCAACAUGCACAUCUUCCAUGACAUCCAGAGGCGCCAGCGGCACAGCAGCACGCAGGACUGUGAGCCUCCAAGGAGCAGCAGCCUGUCCUGGAGAUUUUGCUUCUUGCCAAGGCCGGGAGCAUCUUCUCCUCCAUCGGAAGCAGAGGACAGUGUUUCUUCCUCCCCGAGGCCAAAGAAAGAGUCUUUGAUAACUGAGAACUUAUCUCCAUCCAGGGGCAAUUCUGUAACCCCAGAAAAUGACUUCUCUGUUUCUUUCUGCUCAAGGACUGGGUCAAAACUGCAGCAGGACAAGAAAAUUGCUAAGUCACUUGCCAUAAUUGUAUGUGCCUUUGCCAUUUGCUGGGCCCCAUACACUUUGCUAAUGAUUAUUCGUGGGGCCUGCCAAGAAACCUGUGUCCAUAACUCCCUGUAUGAAAUAACCUUUUGGCUUUUGUGGCUCAAUUCCUCCCUGAAUCCUUUUCUCUACUCUCUCUGUCAUGUUAAAUUUCGAAUGGCUUUCAUGAAAAUAUUAUGUCCCAAAAAGUUUGCAACAUUGAGAUCAGGCUUUUUUUAGAAGGAAAAAGAAAAAAAAGACUCAAGAGGAGCUGGAUGAGGGAUGUAAGUAGCCACAGUUUGAAGUGAAAGUUAGUCUCUACCAGGAGAUUAGUCUAGUUAGAAAGCCUAGAUAAGCCUUCCAUGAAAUAUGUCCUCCUUCAGACAAAUAUGCAUGCCCAAAGUUUCUGUAAUUUUUCCAGCUAUUUCAAUUGGCUGGUUAAAGGAUAUUGCCUCUCUCUGGCUUUCCCUAGUAGUCUAUCCACAUUAUCUUCAUUCUGGUUGUUGAAAAUACUAUCUUCAAUUGCAGUAUAGCUUAUAUUAGUGUUCAUGGGUGUUAUUAGUUAAAAAUACAAUAAAGGUGGGUAUUUGCCGUAUGGUCAAUAGUAUUCUAAAGUUAUUACCUUCUCUAUUCUAUUUCUUUCGAACAGUUUGUACUGCAUCCAGAGCGUUUUUUUCCUUAUCAUAAAACAUCUAGUUAUGACUUUUGUUGUCAGGCACAUGGCAGGAUUACUUCCUUUCACUAAGGAUGUCCAGACAUCAGGGGAAUACAGCAACUACUUUAAAAAACUCGAGUUAAGGUGUUCUCUGCAGAAGGGCAUUAAUCUGCAUACUUGCUCAGAUGCAGCAGCAGAGAAUUUAGGUGUAUAAAGCAUUUAUGUGCAUCUCCAGCUAUUCUUCAAGAAACAAGCCUUCUACAGCUAUAGUUUUGAGAGAUCAUAGAAAAGAGUAGUAUUUGUUCUUACUUCUUGAGGGAGAAAUAUGCUGCUGCUGGCCCAGGGGAGGAUGUGCGCAGCAGUCCGAGCGGCUCUAACACUGCAUAGCCCGCUCUGGAUCAUUUUGUGACUCCCAAUGAAGCUCUAACCCAUACUGUGAGAAAUGCUGGUCUUACAAGCCCUGCUCACUUCCAAAUAUGACAUAAUGCACAGGGACCAACUCAACUCCACACCUGAGGAAAUCCCCAUUUUGUUCAGCAUGCCAGCAGGCAAGCAAUUUGAAUAAUUGAGAAACAGACUAUAUGUGAAUAUUAUAUCUCAUUUGUCCUCUUCUGUACUACUUCUAUUUCAGUUACCAGCCCUUUGUUGGAGGUUAUGAUUAAUGGGUAUAUUUCUUACACACUGUGUAAGGCUGUGUUUGGUUUGCUGCAUGAGCCACGAAAAUGGCUGACUUUGAUGACUACUUAUAGUAUGUGUGGUGACUUAGAGGAGACAGCAUGGAGGUAAUCUUCUUUCAAUACACAGUUUCCAAACUGUUAAGAGUUAUUUAGUUGCACAACUCUGGAAUUACUAGGUACUAGAUUCCUUACUAAAUAAACAGAUGUAACUCUUUAAAAUACAAAUAGUUUCUUUUCACCAUACUGUCAGUAAGUAUAAGGCUAGGAAAUAAAUGGAAGAAUAAAUACUAAAGAAAUGUGAGAGGUAGUGGAUGUCCCUUUUACGUUCUGGUUUUAUUUAGUGUAUAUUCAUAUAGUAUAUUAGUAUAUUUUACUUAACACUCUUCUGAAUGUUCUCCUUCUGGGAUGAACUACCACUUAAUCACAGUUACUUCUUUUGCUAUGCUAUAUGAUAAUUUAAACUCAUCUACGUACACAAAUUACACAUGUAUUCAGUAAUGUAGGAAGUGUUGUCUCAGACAUGAGCUGAGAAUGGUAAGAGUUGGUAGACAGUACUUCAAAGAUCUGUUUUUUAAAUAGAGCUUUGCUGAAGAUGUUAAUCAUGGUCUACAACAUAUGAACUGAAAAUAACAUAAUGCCAAGAAUGCAUGAAAGAAAUACAUAACUUUAAA